AUGGCCUUAACGGAAGUGCAUCGCGAAGGAACAAAUGACGGAUGGCAUGGAAAGAUUACGUCUAACGGCGAAUUUGAGCCAGCCAAAGACAGAUAUCACCUAUACAUCGGGCUUUUCUGCCCAUUCGCCCAUAGAGUCAAUCUUGUAAGGCACAUAAAGGGACUCCAGGACCUCAUUCCAUUAUCGAUUGUAAAACCAUAUCCGAAAGGCGAUGAAAAAGGCUGGCCUGGAUGGUGCUUCCCAAAAACCGAUGAAGAAUAUCCUGGUGCGACUGUGGAUCAUCUGUUCGGAAGCGAGUACUUGCACGAAAUAUACUUCCGAGCAGAUAAAGGUUACAAGGGCAGAUAUUCGGUGCCUUUGCUCUGGGACAAGAAAAAUAAUGUGGCUGUCAGCAAUGAAAGUGCUGAGAUGCUUCGCUGGUUGCCAAUGGCAUUCAAUCCCUUGCUCCCUUCAGAAAAAGCAAGCAUUGACCUAUAUCCGAUGCAACAUAGAGAAGCCAUCGACCGCAUCAGUGAUUGGAUACAGCGUGAUCUCAACACAGGUGUUUACAAAGCUGGGUUUGCUCCGGAUCAAACAACGUACGAUAAGAACGUCGUUCCUGUGUUCGGAGCACUUAACAAAAUUGAGGAACUGCUUGCCGCUGGUGGUGGACCGUUCUUUCUAGGCAAGGACAUGACAGAGUUGGAUCUCAGGCUCUACCCAACAAUCAUCCGCUUUGACACAGUCUAUGUUCAGCAUUUUAAGUGUAACUUGGGCACUAUAAGACAUGAUUAUCCACAGAUUCACAAUUGGCUCAAGCAUCUGUACUGGAACGUGCCAGGAUUCAAAGAGACGACGGACUUCAAGCACAUCAAAGAAAACUACACGAAAUCACAUUUUGACGUGAACCCAAAGGCUAUUACACCUAUGGGCCCGUACCCUGACAUCGAAGAAGGAUUUGAAGUUGAUUUUAGUAAAGUUCCUAUUGGUACGGUGAAAUUGCAAGCAGUAAUCGACUACCAAAAAAGCUUACCGUAG